UAGAAAUCCUUUGACGUGUAUGUGGGGGACUGCUGGUUGUUACAUCUGGUCUGUAUUUCUCCCUUCAGCGGUCAUUUCUGUGUUCGUAUUUUCGUGCUGUUUUCGUUGUCUUUGUUCAUCGUUCUCAUCAUACCCCUCCCGACAUCGUCGCAUCUGUCGCAUAUAUACGUGGCCCUAUCCGGGCCAACAAAAGCUAUCUAUCUACGAAUAUACCGACACGAUGUAUUUACCUCAUACGUAUUCCAAAACGUGCUUUGUUCUGUUACUUACCCAAUGAUAUUCGUG